AUGUCGCAUUCGAUUAUGUGGAAAACGAAGCGCAUAUCAUCAACCAUUCCUUGGCAAAUAAGCGACAAACGAUCUAUAGCCAUUGAUGCGGUUGGUAUCAGAGGCAAUUCCCUCGCCAAGGAGAAGCACAAUAACCCAUUCACAACCCCAUUCAUCAAGAAAAAUCGUGGUCAGGAUUCUUGCCCUCGAUGUGGUACAGGAUGUGAUGCUCUUCAAGCUGGAAUUAAGAGGCGGGAAAGAGAUCAAACCCUCAUCAGUCGCAAUGUGUAUUGGAUUCCACGGAAGUUGGACGUUCUUGAGUGGGAUAACUCUAUAUGGUAUCAUACACCAGUCACCAGGUAUUCUGAUUUCACAGUUCUGAAUCAGGUUAACCCAGCGUCAGUGAAGCAGUCGAUUCAAUUCCUGGAAAGAGGUGUAGAUGUUGGUGAUAGAGAUGCUCUCAUUACCCUCCAAAACGAAUCUGAUAUCCCUGACAUUUUCGUGCGGUUAAGUGCUCUGGAUUCAGAAGAUGGGAAAGAGAUAGCCCCCAUAUUCUGGUCGGAUAACUAUGUCACACUCUUUCCUCGUGAGACAGUGGAGUUUCGCGUGGAAUGUCUGGGUAUCCGGUGUGGAGAGGCUGCGGUUGUACAAGUUGUUGAUAGAAUAUGUUGCGCAUUUCUCUUCAGAAGCAGGAAUCGUACUACCCAGCCACCAGACGUCAGUUCCCGAAGAACCUUCUUAAAUCUGUUUGUGCUGGGAAUUUCAGGUCUGUAG